GGGGAUCAUCCGGUCCAGCCUACCCCGUGCUCGCCGACGCACAUAUGUCAAUGUGGGGAUAACCUGGGGUAGAGCACACCGCUCCUCUUCAUCCUCGACCACGACCUCCUGGUGGACAGAAACCUUGGCCUGACUGACUGAACGACCCGAACGAGCACCGAUUGUGUUGCAUUACCGUCGUACAUUCACAGCAGAGCCACACAUUGGUACCUUUCGUCCACGACAGCCACUAGUCGCCAUAAUACCCCACAGGACCAAUGUCUUCAUCAAAGCCAACGCAGCUCACACCGUUUGGUUACGCACUUGCUGGUGCUCUGGGUGGCUGCUUCAGUACCGCCGUGGUAUACCCCCUAGAUAUUGUCAAAACACGCAUUCAAGCCGCAACGGUCGAUAAAGAUAACAAGAAGAAGCUAGGCAUCAUCUCGAUCCUGAUGGGCAUCCUGAAGGAGGAGGGCAUCGCAGGAUACUACAGAGGAUUCGCAGCAACCAUGAUCAAUACAUUCUCCAUGCAAUAUGCCUACUUCUUGUUUUACUCUUUCGUCCGUACAAACUACAUCAAGCGACUUUCUGCCCGCUUACCAGCGAGUUCCAAGACUCCCGCACUCUCAACAGCCGCCGAACUCACCAUGGGUGCCAUCGCCGGCGCGCUCGCGCAAAUAUUCACCAUCCCCGUCGCCGUCAUCGCGACCCGUCAGCAAAUCGGCCGUUCGCUCGACCGGCCGCGCAAGUUGCGCCCGGCGAGCCCCCUGUCCGCAUCAGUCGAGGGUAAUGGCAACGCAAAGGAUGUCGAGAAGGCCGAAGGCAAGGAGGACGAAUACGACGACUCGUUCUUCGGCAUCGCGAGCGAGAUCAUCGAAGAGGAGGGAGUGGGUGGUCUGUGGCUGGGCAUCAAGCCUGGUCUGGUGCUCACGGUCAAUCCUGCCAUCACAUAUGGUGUGUAUGAGCGCGCGAAGGGCGUGCUGCUCCUUGCGCAGGAGAAGGCAACUGGGGCAACCAGCCGCCAUGCAAAGCUGAGUCCGUGGACGACGUUCUUCAUCGGGGCGCUGAGCAAGACGCUUGCGACCGUUGUGACGUAUCCGUAUAUCAUGGCGAAAGUUCGCAUCCAGGCGCGUUCUGCUGAUAUCGAGGAAGCCGUGGUGGAGCACCAGCCGUUACCGCCCAAGCAUGCAUAUCACCAUGCACACAGCAAGCACGUCGGCGCCCUCGACAUCCUUGCGAGGGUGUGGCGCAAGCGGGGUUUCCUCGGGUGGUAUCAGGGAAUGGGCGCGCAGAUCACUAAGGCGGUCAUAUCUCAAGCGUUGCUGUUCAUGUCGAAGGACCAGUUCGAGCACUGGGCGCUCGCGAUUAUGGUUCUGUUCUGGAAGUUGCGCCAACCGAAGCUGUAGUCUGCGAUUAGCACGGG